AUGACGAGAUUUGCUGGCGUAGAACGGCGACAACGAGUACGUGCAGACCGGAAGUCAAUGGAAAUAGAACGACUUAUCGAGAAGACGUUUGAAGGAGCCGUGCUAGUUCACUUGUUCCCCACCUCACAGAUAGACAUUUUUUGUCAGAUCAUCCAAGUAUGCGUAUUCCGAUUGUGCGUCCUGGAGAGUCAGUGCAGAUAUUUUAAGAGCGAUGGUUCUCACCUUGCGGCUUGUGUCAAUGCUGCUUCACUAGCAAUGUCAGAUGCCGGUAUACCCAUGAAAGGGCUUGUGGCUGCAUCUACGUGCAGUAUAGUUGAUGGGCAGCCUGUGGUAGAUAUCAAUCAGAGAGAAGAAACAGACCUUCUUCCGCGCUUGACGCUAGCCACUCUACGCGGCGAAGAUGAGGUCGUGCUGGUUGAGCUGCAAAAUAGAGUUCAUGUUGAUCAGCUGCCCGCUCUACUGGCUGCAGCAAAGGACACUUGUAAAGGAGUGCAUGAAUGUAUAUGUGCAGCUAUUGUAGAUCAGCUAGAGAACAAAGCAUUUUUCUUGCGUUAG